AAACAACCUAUCUUAACUACCCGUUUCAGAAGAAUCAAAAAAAAAUCUCCCUAACCAACCCCACCAGCCGCGAAUUCCCUCAGCCGGUGGUCAAGGCGCCAUCUUCACCCCGUAGAUGUCUCAAAAAAGAGCCCAAGAUGCAUACCCCGCGAUUUAUCGAGACGGCCACUCCGCUCCACGUCGGCAGCUUCGACCCAGCAGUUAGCCUCACCGAGGAUCUGCCUAAGGAAGUUGAUGCGGACAUCCUCCUCCUUGGUUGCGGCGAUGUUCGUAAUAUCCUCUACACCAUAUUCGUUGAGCGCGGCCUUCCUGAACGCAAGCUUGACUUCACUGCUUGCGACGUCGAUGAAUAUGUAAUCGCACGGAAUGUCCUGUUGCUCACCAUCCUUCUCGAUAAUGAGGAGGCUGUCUCCUUGCGCCAAACCUGGCACAUCUACUACGACUUGUAUCUUGAAAAUCACGAUGUUCUCCUAGUUGAGAACCAGGCCAAGAAGCUGUAUGAGCUCUCGCAGAGUCUACAAACUUGGCAAGCGAGUCCAUACGGCACUACCCUGCGGUUCUGCGACGAGAAAACGCUGUUGCUCGUUCACGACAUUUGGGCCAAAUAUGCGCAGCAGGCCCGUUGGCGAGAUCCAGGUGCCGACCGGGACCGCUGGGCACUGUUUCGGGACCGCCUGCGCGACGCGAAAACGAAACAAAGUCAUGCCAGGCAGGCGACUAGGCAGAGCGUCUCGCGAUCUUGUGCCCCUUUAGCCAUGCAGAUGGCAAACGACUUACUGUCUCUCACUGAGGAACACUGGGAACUCGGUGUCUCCGGCAACCCUCGCACGGCUUCGCAAGAGAUCCCAAAUCCUAUCUUUGCUGUGCCCCUUACGACACUCUCCGAGCUCAAGUACCCAACCAAUCCCCUUCUCGGCUUCCACCUCGCGGUAGCUCAAGCCGAACUCACCGAGCUGUCGCCGCUUUAUCUCGAGCAACAAGAUUCGGGUUCUUUGCAGGACCGGCAUAGACUCUUUGAGAUGGCAUUCCUACAGUUCAGAAACUGGGCCGAGGCAUUUGUUGAGGCUGCCCCAAGGACGACCGUUCGCUUUACUGCGUCUGAGUGUUUUGCCUUCUGCUACACUCUUAGAUACAACUCAAAGACAGGCGAGACUUGCGCGCACCACUAUCGUGGGAAGCAUGGGUUUGACGUGCUGAGACUAGCCGACUCCGAGUACGGUGUCAACGGCUCCGCGCCUAGGCGGUUCGACGCCGUCGACGCCUCCGCGUUCUCCCGUCACGUCAGUAUUCUGGAUCUGUUGGUCUCCGCUGGACCUCUUCUGAAGGACACGGCUUCUUCGACGCUCUACACGGCUUGCCGCCAUCACAUGAAUAACCCGGGCAACUUUGAGGAGUUGCUCCAUGGCCACUCAACAACCAUUUCCCUCUUAUUAGGGCUGGUGCCGGCAGAGUACUGGACCAAUGCCAAGGCAGUGUCGACGGCCGAUCAGGUCCUGACAGCUUGGGCUGGAGACCAAGAAACGCCAGAAACCAAAGAUGCAGUCUUGUGGUCCAGGACUGCAUGGAGGCAAAGCAAGCACAUGGUUGGAUGCCCCUCGCUUCCCUCACUCCACGCCGAGGUUCUCGACUUGGUGAACCUGCUCUUCGGUGUCUACAGCACCACGCUCUCGAAGAUACCAGUCUCCGAGGACAUACCUGUCUUACCCCACGAGCCAAUAGCCAUCGCCGCUUUGAUGCAUUCCAUUUGCGACAGGGCGGGUGUCGACUCGGCGCAGGUGUGGGACAACUUUCUGCUGCGUAUCAAGAACGAUGCCAGCACGAAAGACACCGCACUACGUCUGUUGGGUGCCCUCACGAUGCACUCGCCCACCUUGAACUACCAGCUUUCCAGCGGCUUCGCUAUAGCAGAAGCCGAGAGCACAACAGUGCCAGCUUUCAGAAAGUGGUCUACCAUCCUUGACACCCUUGCCAUAACCAUGGUCGUGCCUCCAGAGCUCUGGAAGCGUCUGAUACGUUUUCCGGCCCAAGCUGGGCCAGGGCGAGGCUCACCUAUUGAGAUCAUCGGCCGCUUACGCUUCCAUACACCUGAUGCUUCUCCGACAGCUGACGAAGACAGCCUCUAUCAUGAAACUCAUUUCUCGUUUGGCACGGUGGAGAAACGAGGUUCGCCUGACCAGGAUGAUUUCACCAUCUACGUGCGGGAAGAUGAAGCCGGCUGGAACGGGACAUCACCCAUGGUGAUUUCGUACCAUGUCCCUACCGAGUACGUGAGAGCAAGGUAUAGCCCGGCAACGAUAUGCUUCAGUUCCCUACGUCUGGCUUAUGACCGCACAAUUCUUGGGAAUGACACUGAACUCGCUGGUUGGGCUCACGAGGCGCCCUUACAUGAUGAGGAACACGUCUUUAUCACAAAAUACCAGCCGGGCAAGGUCGGCCGCGGUAUCACAGAGGGCAUGCUGCGCAGCAUAAGGGAUUCCACAGGUUCGGCGCAGGACAUAUCGCCCCCGGAAACCAGCCUGACAGCGGAUUUCGGUCCUUCAGGCGACAUCGUCUCCAUCACGGGCCGGCUCAACAUCACCUCGGCCGACGCCCGACAGAUGCUGUCCGACAAGAUACCUCUCAGACUCAAGCAGGUUUCUCCCUUUACGAUCGAUAUCAUCUUCGUUCCCCCCAAAAGGGACCUUCUCAGGAUUCCCCUGACGUUCCCGGCCCCCGUGCUCCAAGAUGGGAGCAAAAGCCGGAUCGCGCGCAAGUCGUGCUACAUCGAGAUCACCGCGCCGUUGGCGGAACCCUCCGCCCACCCGGCAAUUCUCGAAACCUACCUUCUACACGCCAUCAACAACCCGAGCCCGCAGCAGCCUCCCUCCACGGUCAACAUCCCCCAUAUCAACCUCGAUGCUCUCCCGAUCCUCUCCUUGUCCGACAAGGGCCGCAUCCGCUUCAUGACGACCCUCACGUCCCUCAUGUUCUCCACCCGCGAGCGCCGCCUGCGCGAGGCGCAAGCUUCGGCCUCGUCGAGAAAGGCGGUCUCGUCGGCGCGCCUCGACUUCAAGGAGUCCCUCUUCACCAUCUUCAUGCUGUCCUCGGGCCUCCAGGGCGGCGAGACGGGUCUCUUCGCGCUGACCCGCGGCAGCGAGGGGAUCCACAUGCUGCUCUUCGUCAGCGCGAUCCGCCUGGACGGCGCGCACGGCGGCGUGGUGCUGGACGCGGCGGUGCUCCCGUUCACGAAGAAGCUGAUCGCGUCCGGCGAGCUGGCCGAGUUCCUGAUCCUGCUGAGAACGCUGGAGUGCUGCACGCUAACGGUCGGGGAGGAGGAGCUGGCGUUGUGGAAGAGGGCCCUGCCGGCGCUGGCGGAGAGGUGUCGGACGUGGAGCCAUAACGGGGAGGCCGGGUGCGAGUACUACGAGAAAGGGAGGGUGCCGGUCAGUCUGGCGGACGGGGACCAGGUGCUGUGCAAGUGCGGGCAGGGCAAGUUGCCCGACACGUUCGUCUCGCUGCCGGAGUGGGAGACGGCGGCCAAGUAUGCUACGCGGGUUGCCAUCAGCCCGCUGUACGCGUCGGCCCUGGUGGAGGAGCUGAUCGAGCCGGGCUUGGCCAAGGAGGUGGCGGAGGAGAUGACGGGGAGGAAGCUUGCGGUCAAGCGGUGCCGGAAUUGUGGGAAGGCGGAAACCGAGGAAGGGGUCAAGUUGAAGAAAUGCUUGCGGUGCUUGGAGGUGCUGUAUUGUUCUGCUCAGUGCCAGAAGAGAGAUUGGGCGAAGCAUCGGAUGGAGUGCGAGGAGUCGGAGGUAUACAGUAAGGAAUGAGGGGGAGUUAAAAGUUCAUGCUGUGGAGUAAGGAGGUAAUACUUCGUUUCCGGAGUACCCUGCAGGAGGAUUGUGUUUGGCCGCGAGAGGCGGCGAAAUCGGGUACCUGACAAUGUUGGCUCGGCACUACUCUGUGAGCAGAUUGAUUGAACUAUCUAGUGUAGAUAGUCGAGUUGUCCUCUGCAGAGUCAUCAUAGUUACACGAUGGUUGCCGUCCAUUGGUGUGUUAACGACGUGUCUCGGUGAGCAUUGAUUACAGUGUUAUACACGGUACAGUCUUGAUGUCGGAGGGAAAGCUGGAUCAAAUGAGAGUAAGACCAAAAAAA